AUGUUCCGAUUUCUCGAUGCUAUGGCUGUUUUGUUGACAAUGAAGAAAGAUGGUUGUUUGACAUUUUCACAGACGGUCGAUGAAACGUUUGUUAUGAAAGCAAAACAAUAUAUCAGAUCAACAUUGAUGACAACAACAAGUGCAAAUGGUGACAUUACGACCAUUAUCAGUCUCGCAAUAUGUGAAGCAACUGAUAAUUUAUAUGAUAAUUAUUCAUUUAAAACUACAACGACACUUUUUAAUGUACAACAUUCAUCAUCAUCAUUGAGUUCGCCAUCUAAUGAAUUUAGUUCGAUACUCGGAGAAAAUCCCACCAUCGAAAAACGUCUUCUCCAGCUUCCAUUGCUGUUCUUUUUUCGUUCUGAUCUGGUGCAGCCGACAUUUGAUGAUAAUGGAAGCAAAUCAAACGGACCAUUUCAUCAUAUUAAUGGUGAUGAGUUGAACCGAAUAUUGAAAAAAUUAGUAGCUCACAAUUUGUUAACGAUGGGCAAUUUCAUUACUCGUCCUAAGGCACGACCAGCACCAUCGUUCAUAAAAAAUGUAAUUCGAGCGAUCCAGCAGAACACGAAGAUUUCGUUCGCCAUUUGA